AUGAACGGCCCAAGUCGUGUGUAUCUCUUCGGAGACCAAACAGCCGACUUCGACUCGGGCCUUCGUCGCCUGCUGCAAGCCAAGAAUGACUCAGUGGUGGUAGGCUUUUUUCAAAAGUGCUACUAUGCCUUGCGCAAGGAGAUCAGUGCGCUUCCGCCAUCGGAGCGACAGAUGUUUCCUCGUUUUACGAGCAUCGUUGAUCUAUUGGCAAGGUACCGCGAGCAUGGCCCAAAUGCGGCGCUGGAAAGUGCUUUAACUACCAUCUACCAGCUUGGCUGUUUCAUCCAUUACUAUGGUGACCUUGGAAACACUUAUCCUUCUGGGUCUGACAGCUUUAUCAUCGGACUAUGCACAGGCCAGCUUGCUUCUGCCGCUGUUAGCUCUUCAAAGACAGUUGGAGAACUUAUCGCAGCCGGUGUAGAGACUGUUGUUCUAGCUCUUAGACUCGGAAUGUGCGUUUUCAGAGUACGUGAGCUGGUAGAAGCUAGUGGAUCAUCUUCACCCAGCUGGUCCGUAUUAGUUUCAGGGAUUCGGGAGCAGGAAGCGCAAGAGCUAAUUGAAAAAUUUGGUACAACAAAUGCGGUUCCUUGGGUGACCCAGCCAUAUGUCAGUGCUGUUAGUCAAAACGGCGUGACAAUUAGCGGCCCACCCAAUUCGUUGGAGAUGUUCAUCGAGAAGGGUCUCUCUAAAGAGCACAAGCCUGCCAGGGUUCCAAUCCACGGUCCCUACCAUGCGCCUCAUUUGUAUGACGCAAGGGAUGUCAACAGAAUCAUGGAAUCUUGGCCUCAAGACAAAUUCGAGAACUAUUCUCUACAGAUUCCUAUUAUUUCGAGCAGCACAGGAAAGGCCGUUGAGGCUCAGGGCCUCGAAGAGCUUCUGAGAUCUUCUCUUGAAGAGAUUCUCCUCCGUCAACUUUGCUGGGACAAGGUUGUUGAUGCCUGUUCCGCGACCUUGAAACUAGCGGAUGGAAAAUGCACUCUGCUGCCGAUAUCAAGCACUGCAACCCAGAGCCUCUACUCGUCACUUAAGAAAUCUGGAAUUUCGAACAUUGAGCUUGACUGUGCAAUUGGGGACGUCAAGAAGGACCAAAAUGGCGACAACCAAACCGGUCGCUCAGAGCAGUCCAAGAUCGCCAUCAUUGGCUUAUCUGGUCGCUUUCCGGAAGCUCCCGACACUGAAGCCUUCUGGGAUCUUUUGUACAAAGGACUGGAUGUACACCGAGAGGUUCCAGCCGAUCGCUGGGAUGUCAAGGCUCACGUCGAUAUGGAGGGAAAUACAAGGAACACCAGUAAGGUUCAGUAUGGUUGCUGGAUCAGAGAGCCUGGCAUGUUUGACCCUCGCUUCUUCAACAUGUCGCCUCGCGAGGCAUUGCAAGCGGAUCCAGCCCAGCGAAUGGCUCUUCUCACUGCUUAUGAGGCCAUCGAAAUGGCUGGAUUCAUUCCGGAUAGCACACCGUCCACACAGAAGAACCGCGUAGGCGUGUUUUACGGAAUGACCAGUGACGAUUAUCGAGAGAUCAACAGUGGCCAAGACAUUGACACUUACUUCAUCCCUGGUGGUAACCGUGCCUUCACCCCUGGUCGCAUCAACUACUACUUUAAGUUUAGUGGACCUAGUGUUAGUGUUGACACUGCUUGCUCGUCAAGUCUUGCAGCCAUUCAUAUGGCAUGUAACUCUCUAUGGAAAAAUGAUUGUGAUUCUGCAGUUGCAGGUGGUGUCAAUGUUCUGACUAACCCUGACAACCACGCUGGUCUCGACCGUGGUCAUUUUCUUUCCCGCAACGGAAACUGCAACACCUUUGACGACGGUGCUGAUGGCUACUGCCGAGCUGAUGGCAUUGGCUCAGUUGUUUUGAAGCGACUUGAAGAUGCUCAAGCUGAUAAUGACCCUAUCUACGGUAUUAUCAACGGCGCAUACACCAAUCACUCCGCCGAGGCUGUUUCAAUCACCCGCCCUCUUGCUGGUGCUCAAUCCUUCAUCUUUGACAAACUGCUCAAUGAAGGCGAUGUGAGCCCCAAGGAUGUUAGCUACAUUGAAAUGCAUGGUACAGGCACCCAGGCUGGUGAUGCUGUUGAGAUGCAAUCUGUGUUGGAUGUCUUCGCCCCCGACUAUCGCCGCGGACCCAACCAGUCGCUUCACCUUGGUUCAGCAAAAUCCAACAUUGGCCAUGGAGAGUCGGCCUCUGGAGUCUCGGCCUUGAUCAAAGUCCUGGUUAUGAUGCAAAAGAACAUGAUUCCCCCGCACUGUGGUAUCAAGACCAAGAUCAACCAUAACUUCCCCACGGACCUUCAGCAACGAAAUGUGCACAUUGCUAUGGAACCCACACCAUGGAACCGCCCUGUUGGCGGAAAGCGUGCCAGUUUCGUUAACAACUUCUCCGCCGCCGGUGGAAACACCGCCCUUUUAGUGGAAGAUGCGCCCAUUCAGGAGCGCACUGGCACUGAUCCGCGAUCUGUACAUACUGUCACCAUCUCCGCGAGAUCUCAAUCUGCGCUGAAGAACAACGCCACUGAACUCGUUCAAUACAUUGACACAAAGAAGAAGUUGUUCAAUGUCAAUGAAAACAAGCUACUUACUGAUUUGGCCUACACAACCACCGCAAGACGUAUCCACCACCCAUUCCGUGUCAGUGCUACUGGCUCAACCUUGGAGGAGAUUCGUGCUGGUUUGAACGCAAGCUCCAGCCGGGAGAGCAUCACCCCUGUGCCUGCCACCGCCCCUGGCACUGGAUUCAUCUUCACAGGUCAAGGUGCUCAGUAUACCGGUAUGGGAAGCCAACUAUUUGAGCACAACUCUCAGUUCCGAACACACAUUGAGCAUUUGGACCGUAUCGCUCAGAGCUUCGGGUUCCCCGCCAUUGUUCCUCUGAUCGACGGAAGUGUCCCUAUUGAAGAGCUAAGCCCUGUUGUGACUCAAUUGGGAACCACUUGCAUCCAAAUGGCCUUGACUAAAUUCUGGAUUUCUCUCGGCGUCAAACCUGCUUUUGUUCUUGGUCACAGCCUGGGCGAAUAUGCUGCAUUGAAUGCUGCUGGCAUUUUGACGACUAGCGAUACUAUCUAUCUUGCUGGUCGUCGAGCACAGCUUCUCACCGAUAAAUGCCAGAUGGGAACACAUGCUAUGCUAGCUGUUAAGUCUUCGGUGGCUCAGGUCAAACAGUAUAUGGAAGCCGGCAUCGCUGAGGUCGCUUGCAUCAAUGCGCCUAGUGAGACUGUUAUCAGUGGAUCCAAUGACAACAUUGAUCGGUUUGCUGAAAAGCUGGCCAAUGAAGGCUUUAAGGCUACAAAGCUGAAGGUUCCUUUUGCUUUCCACUCUGCCCAGGUUGAUCCCAUUCUUCAAAGCCUGGAGGACAUUGCCAAGGGCGUUACCUUCCAUGAGCCAGCCAUUCCAUUUGUUUCUGCUCUUCUUGGUGAUGUUAUUAAGGAGGCUAAUCCCGAAGUUCUUGGUCCCAGCUAUCUCACUCGUCACUGCCGCGAGACUGUCAACUUCCUCGCUGCACUAGAGGCAAUCCGCCAUGCAAAGCUGAUGACCGACAAGACUGUCUGGGUUGAAAUUGGAUCGCACCCUGUGUGCUCUGGCAUGGUCAAGUCUACUUUUGGUCCCCAAGCCUUGACUGUAACAUCCCUUCGUCGUCAGGAAGAUGCCUGGAAGGUGCUUUCGACCAGUCUUGCCUCGCUUUACAUGGCAGGAAUUGACCUGCGUUGGAAGGAAUACCACCAAGACUUCAGCUCCACACACGAAGUUCUCAAUCUUCCCGCCUACAAGUGGGACCUUAAGAAUUACUGGAUUCCAUACACGAACAAUUUCUGUCUUCUGAAGGGUGCUCCUGCAACGGCUGUAGCAGAGACUGCCCCCGUGACCACCUUCUUGACAACAUCAGCUCAGAAGGUCUUGGAGACUACUGGAGAUAAGCACACAGCGACAGUGACAAUCGAAAACGAUAUUGACCACCCUGAACUGAACCGUGUUAUCCAGGGCCACAAAGUCAACGGUGCUGCCCUUUGUCCUUCCUCAUUAUAUGCAGAUAUUGCCCAAACAUUGGGUGAGUUCCUUGUCGACAAGUACAAGCCCGAGUGGAAGGAACGUGGUUAUGAUGUCUGCAAUGUCGUGGUUCCCAAGCCUCUUAUUGCCAAGGGUGGAAAGCAACUUUUCCGCGUGUCGGCUACGGCUAACUGGGCUGAGGAGAAGGCUAGUUUACAAGUUUGGUCUGUUACUCCUGAGGGCAAAAAGAUCCUUGAUCAUGCAACCUGCACUAUCAAGUUCUUUGAUACCAAGGCUGCCGAGGCUGACUGGAAACGGUCUGCUUAUCUCAUCAAGCGAAGCAUCAAGCAUCUUCAAGAGAGCACAGAGACAGGAGAUGCUCAUCGUAUGAAACGGGGAAUGGUUUACAAGUUGUUCAGUGCCCUUGUUGAUUAUGAUGACAAUUAUAAGUCCAUUCAAGAAGUCAUUCUGGACAGUGAGCAGCACGAAGCCACUGCAUUGGUUAAGUUCGCCGCACCCCCUGGUGACUUCCAUCGCAAUCCAUUCUGGAUUGACAGUAUUGGUCAUCUGUCUGGAUUCAUCAUGAACGCAAGCGAUGGAAUUGAUUCCAAGAAUCAAGUAUUCGUCAAUCACGGAUGGGACUCAAUGCGUUGUCUGAAGAAGUUCGAUCCCGCUGUUACUUACCGAACUUAUGUCCGGAUGCAGCUAUGGAAGGAAUCAAUUUAUGCCGGUGAUGUUUAUCUCUUUGAAGGAGAUGACAUUGUCGCCGUAUACGGUGGAGUCAAGUUCCAAGCACUCUCACGCAAGAUUCUUGAUAUGGCUCUUCCUCCUGCUGGUUCUAAGGCUACUCCGGCUGCUAAGCCCAGGCCAGCACCCAUCAAUGCUCAGAAGGCCCAAGCACCAGCUAAGAAGGCCUCUCGUCCUGCAGCUUCUCCAAAGUCAACCAGUACCAGCCUUGUAGCCAAGGCUUUGAGUAUCUUGGUGGAGGAAGUUGGUAUGUCCUCAUCUGAAAUGACAGAUGAUCUCAACUUUGCGGACUACGGAGUUGAUUCGUUACUCUCUUUGACUAUUACUGGUCGUUACCGCGAGGAGAUGACCAUUGACUUGGAUUCUAAUGUCUUUGUCGACCAACCCACAAUCAAAGACUUCAAGCAGUUGUUGAUCUCGAUGAGUCCCGCUGAGAGCAGCAGUGAUGCAUCGAGCAGUGACGAUAACAUUUCAUCUGCAGCAUCAUCAACUGACAUCUCGACUCCUAACUCGAGCGGCCUUCCUACACCUGCUAAUGAAAAGAGCAUGCUCCUUGAGCAGAAUGAUAGCAUGAAGCAAAUCUGCGUGAUUCUUGCCGAGGAGAUUGGUGUUGAGCCACAUGAGCUCCAGGGAGACGUCAACCUCGCUGAGAUGGGCCUCGACUCAUUAAUGUCACUCACCGUCCUCGGCAAGAUCCGAGAGACCUUGGAUCUUGAUCUGGCUGGAGAAUUCUUCAUCGAGAACCAGACUAUUAACGAAGUCGAAGUCGCCCUUGACUUGAAGCCCAAGGCCCCUGAGACUGAACCAGUCAGACUUCCCGAGCAAAUCCCCGCGGAAGUACCAAAAGCCAUUUCCAGCACGGCAAUCCAGCAUCCUCCGGCAACUUCAAUCUUGCUUCAAGGAAACCCAAAGACUGCUACGCAGAAGCUCUUCCUGUUCCCCGAUGGCUCCGGAUCCGCAACCUCCUAUGCUACAAUCCCAGGUGUCUCCCCAGAUGUCUGCGUGUACGGUCUUAACUGUCCUUACAUGCGAACCCCUGAGAACCUCAAGUUCAGUCUGGAUGAGUUGACUAUUCCAUACGUGGCCGAGAUCCGUCGCCGCCAGCCAACAGGCCCUUACAACUUCGGCGGAUGGUCCGCUGGAGGAAUCUGCGCGUAUGAUGCAGCACGUCGCUUAAUUUUCGAGGAUGGCGAGCGCGUCGAACGUCUGCUUCUCCUAGACUCACCCUUUCCCAUUGGUCUUGAGAAGCUUCCCCGUCGCCUGUACCGCUUCUUCGACUCAAUUGGUCUAUUCGGCGAGGGCAAGGCACCCCCACCCAAGUGGCUCCUUCCCCACUUCCUGGCUUUCAUCGAUUCUCUUGAUGCAUACAAAGCUUUGCCUUUCCCAUUCGAUGAUGACAAGCAGGCAGACAAGAUUCCUAAGACUUUUAUGGUCUGGGCCAAGGAUGGUGUCUGCAACAAGCCAAAUGACCCUCGCCCAGCACCAGCUGAGGACGGAAGCCCCGAUCCCCGAGAGAUGAUGUGGCUGUUGAACAACCGCACGAAUCUCGGUCCCAACGGCUGGGAUACGCUUGUUGGUCCUAAGAAUGUUGGUGGCAUCACGAUUAUGGAGGGUGCUAAUCACUUUAGCAUGACUCAAGGUGAAAAAGCGAAGGAAUUGGCUAAGUUCAUUGGUAGCGCCAUGCAGUCCUCAUAA